UUUUUUAAACUGUUGUGUUAAUUGUUGAAUAAAUAAUUAUAAAAAAUGUUUAGUGAGCAAAAAGUGAGUUUGCGUGAUUUACGACAAGAAAAAACAAAGUCAGAAGACAAUAAGGAAAACUAUUUUGGCAGUGAAAAGACCACAAAUAAAAUUUCGAAGACAAAAAGCCAAAAUUUUAUACACUUGUAUUUGAAAAAUAGUAGUAGUGAUGAAAGUGAUACCAGAUUUGAAAAACCGAUUUAUUCUCUUGAUUUAUCACUUGAUUCUUCUGAUACAUUAUCUAAGAUUUGUGUCAAAAAUAAAAAUAAAAAUAGUUUUCGAAGUUUUGGAUCCAGUUCUUCCACAGAAAAUAAAGAAGAAACUGAGUCAGGUUUGUUAACAGAAAAACCAACUUUUGAAGAGUGGCUUAAUGUAUCCCCAAUUAAAGAUUUUCCAAAAAAACGCAAAAAAGAAAAUGAAAGUUUUGAAUCGACUUCUGCUCCAAAAAAGAAUAAAACUGGAUCACCUUUAAACACACAAAAACUAAGUUUUGAAGAGUUGCUAGAGAAGAUGUUAUCACCUCCUAUGGACGAUCCGAGAAAACGGAAAAAUGAUAAUGAACGUUUUGGAUCGAUUUUCUCUGCUCCAAAAAAGAAUCAAACUGAAUCAUGUUUGUUAACACAAAAAACAAGUUUUGAAGAAUUACUAAAUAAGAUGUUAUCACCUCCUAUGGACGAUCCGAGACAAGAAAAAAAUGAUAAUGAAUGUUUUGGAUCGAUUUCUGCUCUUCAAAAGCAGAAUGAAACUGAGUCAUGUGUAUUAACACAAAAAUUAAAUUUUGAAGAUGUGCUAGAAAAAAUGUUAUCACCUCCGAUGGACCAUCCGAGAGAACAAAAAAAUGAACAUAUUAACUGUAGUGAAACGCAAAUCUUUUCGGACUUAACAGUAACUAGAGACGAUAAUGAUAACCUGAGUUUUGGGGAAAUUUUGGAAAAAAUGUUGACUCCUAUUAGCACUAUAAAGGAACGACAAAAAAUAAAUGAAUGCAAAAAGAGAAAGGAACUAACACAAAGAGACUCUAAUUUGGAAAUAAGUAUGCUUCCACUGGACAGUGAACAAACUGAGAUUUUUGAACCAAGUUUUGAAAAAACUCUCGAUGAUAUUGCGCCUCCAUUGGACAAAAACCAGAAAACUACAAUUAGUACACAAACAUCAUUUGAGAUUUUUACUCCGAUGUCUAUGACUCAAAACAGUGUUGCGUAUCCGCAGCUUCCAUAUUUCCCUUCACAACGUUUCACAAACUCUCAAGUCACUGAAACGUCGAUUGUGAAUGAGAAUAGGGAAGACAAUUCCGUUGUCGUCUCACAAACUCUAAACAGCCAGACUGAUAAUACAGAUAUUUCGAACCAAAGGGCCAAUUUGCUAGAGAUUCUCUCUCACGACAUUACAGUCACCACAGACGGCUUCAAAAUUUUUAAUAAUUUGGCUAAGGUGGGUACUGUAAAGUGGCUAGAGACGGCGUUAUCAACUGUCGGAAAAUCAGUCAUAAAUAAAACUUGGAAGAACGAAGUUGCUAUAAUGGAACACCAGAACGGUUACGAUUUGUACGUUGAUAAAACGGUAAAAACAGCUUUGGAAUGUUUUACAAAGGAAGAUACCAAAAUCUGUAAAAUAAUUAAAAACGGGGUCGUGCCUAAAAUAGACUUGUCUUACAUUUCUAAGCAAGACAACAAGAAAAAAUGUUCCGUUAGACAAUUAAAACAGUCGAUUGAUACCAUUUGCGCCAAUGAAGAUUUACUGAGUGGCUGCGAAACAAUCCAAGUGAUCGACAAGAAAAAAAUCCAGUCAAAAAUUUACGAUAUUUUAUCAAAAAUAUACGAAGUGUUUGAAAAUAAUAAAAUGCCUUGCCUGGUCGUACGUAGAUCCUACAAGGCGAGUCUGUGUGUUUACGAAAACGAAAGAUUACAAUGUGCGUCCUCGGACGCAGGAAAGUUGCGAAAAAUACAUUUUCCUGGCAAACUAUGUUGCCGCCGAUUCUGUCGCCUAGUUUACAUGCUGGGAAAAGUUUACAAUUUGUUGGAAAAUAACCAGAAACUGACAAAAAGAGAAAUUUAUUACCAAAUCAAGCAUUUAGUAACAAAUCAAGAGCAAGUAAAUAGAGUUGUUGGGGACAUAUCUCAGUUGGUGGGUGUCGGACCUUGGGAUUUAAACAUUAUUUCGCAUUCUGGGUUGGUUUAUGGGAAUUUGAGAUUGUUCUGGGCUUCGGGCGAAAUGACAAACUGCAACACACCAGCCACUUUAAUACCCUACGACCUUGACGAAAUCAUUGAGAUUCAUUCGACCGCGAAUUUCAUACUUGUGGUCGAAAAGGAAUCAAUUUUUCACAAACUACUAGAAGAGGAUUUGCCGAAUAAACUGGCACGUCCGUUUAUAAUGAUAACGGGCAAAGGCGUUCCCGAUAUAAACACUCGCCUCUUUCUCAAAAAACUGUCGACUAUGCUGAAAUUACCAGUUUUCGUUCUGGUAGACCCAGAUUUGUACGGAAUCCGGAUUAUGUUAAACUACAGAUUUGGAACUAUUACGAACUGUCACUUAUCGGAACAAUUAGCUGUGCCAAACGCUCGUUGGUUGGGAGUUUUCCCGUCCGAAAUCGCCAAGUUCGGAAUUCAGUUCCAAAAUAUUACACAGAGAGAAGUAAAAGCUAUUAAUGAAACACUUAAAUACCCGUACAUGGAAGCGCAUCCAAAAAUCGCGGACGAACUAAACUACCUCCUUCACAGUGGGAAGAAAGGUUCGAUUGAGGGUUUAGUUAAAAACAACACUUUCUUGAGCGAGGCCUAUCUGCCCGUGAAGCUUUUUAACCAAGAUUUUAUUUAGACAUGGACAAGAUCAACAUUUUUCAGGACUGAGCUUUUCCGACAUGUAUUCGUACUCCGCGUGCAGGAUUCCUGCCUUUUCGUUUGAACCGUUUAAUUUGUAAUCUACCAAGGAGAGAGUUUUUGGCGGGAUUUUGUUCGUUUUUUUCGUUUCCAGAAUGUUGGUUGUACUUUUUGUGAGGUCAAUCACUGAAACAUUUGCGUAUCUAUUGGUCGUUCCGACGUAGAUAACUGACUCUUCGGAUGACCGUCCACCCAAUGCGGCCAGACGCCGUCUGUUGAUUUGUGAUCGUAUUCUUUGUUUUUUUAACUGUUUUCGUCGUUGUUUCCUGCAAUGAAGUUUAAAUGAUUGGUGGUUUCUUCUCCUGCAUUGGAUUCUUUUGCGUUUUAGUCCCUGCGAAAAGUGUGAUUAGUUUUAGGUGUUUUUUCCUCGUUGAAUUCGUACAAUUUGAUUCAUUGUUCUGGUUCAAUAUUGUGUAAUAAUUUUGAUAAGCAACUUGUCAAACUGAUUGAUGUACCAAGGUGUUGAAUAAAGCGUGUUGUACUUAAUAACGA